AUGGGGAAGGAGAGGGGUGACGAUCGUGAAGAUGAUAAAGGGGGUACAUCCCCUGUGCAAGGUACGAGGAAGAAUGAUGGAGGAAAUAUGUCUGAUGGGGUAAAUAUCAAUCAGGUGGAGGACUUGGAUGGCGAAUCUACACCAGGUACAGCUCCUGUACGUGGUAUUGGACUGAGGGUUACAAACAUUGAAGGAACGAAGAUAUCCUCAUCAACUGAUAAUGGUGUGGAAAGUGAAAAACAAAAACCUAUGUCUUUUGCUAGUGUUGUUCAGAAGAAGAAAGAUAGUAUUAAGGUGAAUUUCCGGAAAAUGGAAGCUAGUGAACAGAUGGAAGGUGUGGAUGUUGUGUUACCAGUGUCAUCGGUCAAAGAGGUGAGUGAUCGUUAUAUAAACACCUUGUAUGGGUAUUUUCUCGAAAAGCGACUUGCGUUUCCGGUAGUUGAUUACUUUAGUAGGAAUAACUGGUCAAAGUAUGGGAUUUCUAAACUUAUGAUGAACGCCAAAGGGUUCUUUUUCUUCAAGUUUAAAACCAAAGAAGUUAUGGAUCAAUUGCUGGAAGAUGGUCCUUGGAUGAUAAAGAAUGUGCCGAUAAUUUUGAGAGAGUGGACUCCGGCUGUUACGGUAGUGAAGAAGGAUAUUAGUUCUAUUCCGGUUUGGGUUAAAAUGCAUGACAUCCCUUUGGCAGCUUUUACGGAAGAUGGAUUGAGUCUGGUUGCUUCGAAAAUAGGUGUGCCAAAAAAAUUGGAUUCCUACACGGCGACAACGUGUACGGAAUCAUGGGGGAGGAGCAAUUUUGCUAGAGCAUUAAUUGAGGUUAAUGCAGCGAUGGAUUUAAAACGGAAUGUUACUAUUGCGGUUCCUGGUUUGAAUGGUAAUAGUUACUCUAAGGUGGAUAUUAGAGUUGAAUAUGAUUGGGAACCAGUUAGAUGUUCAGCAUGCUGUAUUUUUGGACAUCAUGAUGCUACAUGUCCUAAAAACCCGGUUCGAAUGGCUACUAAAAACCCGAAGGAGCAGGGCCAGGAUGAUGGAUAUACGGAGGUAACAAGGAAGAAAGGGAAUCAGGUGGGAGUGAAUAGCAAAAACCAAAAAGCUCAGCAAGGAAUCCAGCUGAAAAACCAGAAACCAAAGAUGGUUUACAGGCCGAUACCCAAACAUAAGUCGAGUGGGAAUGUUGUGUCUUCGUCUCAGGUUCGGGUGUCUAAUUCAUUUGAUAUUUUGCAAGAGGAUGGUGAGGGAAUCCGACAGGAGAACCUCACUUAUAAACCAAGUGACAAGCCGGAAACAAGUAAGAAAGGUGGUAAGAGUAAUGGGAAGGAGGUGCUAAUAGAUGCUAUUGAAGUUGAAGACCUUCUUAAAGAAAUCCCGAGGUAUAUGGAUCGGAAAUUAGAUGGCAAAAAUUCUGAGGGUGCAAGCACACCUGGUCACGAGGUGUGUGCUAUUACGGAAACUCAUGUAAAUGCGUCAAAUGUUUAUAAGGUUUGUAAGAAGGUUUGCCCUAUGUGGAGUUGGGCUUCUAAUGCUGCAUGUUGUAGUAAAGGUACUCGUAUUAUGGUGGGUUGGGAUGCAAACUUAGUUGAUGUUAUGAUUCUGGCUCAGUCGGAUCAAGUGGUUCAUACGCAGAUUUUAUUCAAAGUGGAUCAAAAAACAUUGUUUUGCUCUCUAGUUUAUGCUGACAAUCAGUAUAAAAAUAGGAGAGAUCUUUGGAAGAACUUAUGUAUGCAUCAUUCGUUUAUGCGAGAUAAGCCGUGGGUGAUUAUGGGCGAUUUUAAUUGCUCCUUAUUCCUUGAUGAUACGCUUUCGGGCUCUUCUACAAAUAGCAUAGGGAUGGCUGAUUUUAAUGAGUGUGUGAAUGCUAUUGAGGUGUUUGAUAUAAACAGUUUGGGUCUUCAUUACACAUGGACGAAUAAGCAGCAAAAACAUCGUGCAGUUUUUAAGAAGAUUGGUCGGAUUCUUGGGAAUACCAAGUUUAUAGAUUUGUUUCCAGCAGCCGCAGCUUGUUUUCAUCCUUAUCGGCUUUCGGAUCACACUCCAUGUAUCCUUGUCUUGUCGAAUGUUACUAGAGACAAACCGAAGCCUUUUAAAUUUGUCAAUUUGUUAGCUGAAAAGAAAGAAUUUAAAGAGGAAGUCACUCGGAUUUGGGAUAUGGAUAUUCCAGGAGUGUCGAUGUUCCAGGUUGUUAAAAAGCUGAAAUUAUUGAAGACUCUGAUGCGGAAGUUGUUACUCAAACAAGGUAAUUUACAUGAAAAUGUUAAGCGCCUUAGGAAGGAGAUGGAUGAAUGUCAAUGUGCUUUGGAUGAAGACCCGUUGAAUAAUGAUCUGAUGAACAAACAGUCGGAAUUGCUGCAACUUUAUAAGAGUGCCGUGACGGAUGAGGCUUUGUUUCUUCAGCAAAAAUCCAAAGUUGACUGGCUAGCGUUAGGAGAUUCGAGUACGAGGUACUUCCAUAGUGUAGUAUGUUGGGAUUGA